UCACAGGCAUUGAGACAGGCUGAGAACUGCAGAGACAGGGGAAAUACCAAGUGAGCAUCAUUGGUCCAUGGCAGGGGUGAUGAAACCUGUGACUGCAUGGAAGGAGGGGACCGUGAGCAGCUGCAGAUGAGGGUGGCUGAUGGGAAGACGAGGUGGAGAGAAUGAUGGGGACCGUGAUGCAGCGGUGGCCAGGAAUCAGGCAGAGACCCAAAAGCCUCAGCAGGAGACAUGUAAGUUCUCCACGGACAGCACUUCAUCCUAGCUUUGCCUACUGGUAGCUGGUGUUGAGUUUGCUUUGACACAUCCUGAUGAACCUGCUGCUCACAGCCAGCUGCUUUGUGCCUGGUGACAUGGCUUGUCCCUCUCUUGAGACCUCACUGGGCUGAUGAGACCCUCAUCUGGCAACCACAGCACCAAGCUCUGGAUGGGAACCAUCACACUGGAGAGGUGUUAUGAGCUGAGCCCCUCCAAGCUUGAUUUUGACUGCUCAUGGUUUAUACCACUAGUGAUUGCCUGGGCAUAGACAAGAGGAGUGUGUGAACAACACUUGAGGAUGAUGCAAAGUUUUCUAUACAGUGAUGAAGCUAUCACAACCCAGAAGCUGGAUGACUUUGAAAACUAAAGUACCAACAAGGACCAUGACAUAAGAAUGUUGUUGGUUGGGGAUCAAUGAGCUGGGCACAUUAAUAUGUCAGUAACUACUUGUAAGCAUUCACCAAGAAGCCACCCCAAAGAAAGGGGGUUUGCAAGGUAAGCUCUACACUGGCUGUACACUGGCACGGAAUUAUUCUCAAGGGCUGGCUUGUGAUGUGCAGACAGACAGUGCAGAAAUACUCCAGAAGCUUGUCUAAGAUGACCCGAAAAGUGGAAAGGGGAAAUACAUUUGCCUAAGACAGCAAUUCAAGGCACUAAUAUCAGGGCCUUUAAGCUCAUUGAUCAACUUGUCAGCUUUUCUGGUAAGUAUGCUGCCACGGGGAGCCCAAGAGCAGCCCCUGGGCAGCAGGUGCCUGCAGACACAGAACAGUCACAAAGCCAGCAGGUCACAGGGUCAUGGUGCCACGUUUUCUCAGAAUUGCUGGCUGAGAAGAACUAUGGAAGACAAGAGAACUACCAUGAUUCAGAGUGAAACACUUGUUAACAAUCACAAAACUGCCUGCAAACCACUGCCCUCACCUCUCCAACAGCUGCAGGACUGGGGGCCUAUUAGGGCUGUUCUGUCCCAGGGCUCAGCCAGUGUGGCAACAGAAGCCACUCCUGUUCCAAUCCCAACAGGGCUGGCACUCUGGAAGGCAGAGAGAAGACCUCAGGACCUUUCCAGGGCGAUGGGUCCCCUCCAAGCACAGUCUGUUGGGCAAGGAGGGUCAACAGGCAUUGCCCACUGAGACAUCAGGCAAUGGAAAGUAAAGCAAAGGAAAAACCUGAAGUCAUUCCAUCACUGGAGGAACUGUUGCAGGGAUGCACAGCAGACAAGCCUUUCACCUCACUGCAGGACUUUCGCAGGCUCCUCAGUCAACAGGAGGUGGUACAAGCCACACCAGUGCUGACAGAGGAAGCUCUACCCUGGGGAAAUGUUCAGGAGGGGUACGGGUGCUUCCUCAGGCACUGUUGCUGCUCUCACAGCCACCAGAAAUUGGUUAUCACAGGACACCUUCCUGGUCAUGUGCAAGGAGCACUGCUCAUCGUGCCUGCACAGCGCUCCACGCCUGGGCUGGAGGAACUCGCUCUCUCCAAGGACAGCAAGAGAACAGGAACUGUACCUUUUGAUACCCCCAAAAUGAACCACAGCAGCUGCAAUAUCACAGCCUACGAAGUAUUUCCGCUUGUCCAGCUGUGUGUUUACAUCCCAGUUUUGGUUUUGGGCAUUGUGCUGAAUGUGUUGGUGCUGUGGGUGUUCUGUUGCAAACUCAGCAAAUGGACAGAAACCAGAGUAUACAUGGUCAACUUGGCUGUGGCUGACUGCUUGCUGCUCUUCACUUUGCCAUUUAAAACUUUGUCCCAGUUCCAGCACCUGAAGGUAGAUGCAUGGUGCCUGGUUCUGGAAGGUGGCUAUUUCAUGAACCGCUUUAUGAGCAUCGGUAUCAUCACCUUCAUAGCUGCUGAUAGGUAUCUUGCAAUCAAGUAUCCUUUGAGAUCCAAGGCACUGAGGUCACCUCUGAAGGCAGCUUUUGCCUCUGGAUUUCUUUGGAUAGUCAUCAUCUGUGAGACUUCCCUCAUUAAAAGCUUAGAGGACCGAAGCCAAGAUGACUUUUGCUUUGAGAAAUCUUCUGUGACGCCCUCGGUGAUCACGCUGUGUACCAUUAUUAUGGGGUUUUUCAUACCGCUGGUCAUCUUAAGUUACUGCUCCGUACGAACCAUUGCAGAACUCAUGAGAAAGAGGAAUGAAAACUGUCACAAUGAAAAGCUAACCAGGAAGGCUGUCUAUGUCAUGUCUGCAAACAUGGCUGUGUUCAUUGUGUGCUUUUUGCCUCUUUACCUCGGGCAUCUCCUCCGCUUCAUAAUGGACUCCAUCAGCUCCGACUGCUCGGCAAUACAGAGCAUUAGCAACUUUGUUCACUUUGCCUCCAUCCUCGCAAACACCAACUGCUGCCUGGAUGCCAUUUGUUACUACUUUGUCAACAAGGAAUUUAAGGAAGCAUCUUCCAAGCUAGCAAAGUCCGAAUCUGAAGCCAGUGAAGAAGCUGAAAUUCAGCUCCCACAUGUAACACAUUGAUGCAAAACACAUACAGCACACAAUUUAUAUUUGCUGUGUUCAACUGGGACUCACUAGCAGG